AUGGUUUUCUGCGUGUUUUCUUGUGAUGUUGUUCGUUGUACUGUAUUUGUUUAUCGCCUUUUAUGGUGGAAGCGUUGUAUUUUUCUCUUUGUUGGUGAAAGCGGCGCUGUUUUGUGUUGCUACAGGGAAGGCUCUCGUUUUGACGUUAAUGAGUGGCUUCGUAAAGUCUGCCCCAACGCAGCUCUUAUGGAGGUGCCAUUCCCUCAGUUGCAUGAAAACGCAGGCGCGGAAGAAGGUGGCGUUCCGCACAUCCCUCAUGAACGGACCGCGUUGUUGGUUUGGCGCUAUUUCAACUAUCCACUUGCACCAUCGGGCGACAGCCUUGAAGGUUUGGAAAAAAGAAGGAGAGAAAUAAAUAAUAUUUUAAGGUCAAUUCCGUUACACAUGCCACCGGAUGCGUUUAAUUACGGCGAAGUAUGGAGGGAAGUAAUUAAAAUCGAAGCUGGAACACAGAAGGAAUACCGAUAUUUCUGCAGAAAGUUCCAGGUUGGUGUCGCUGAAAGGGCGCUGCGUGACAACUGUUUCUUUGGGUUGGUUCCUGUCCACCGCAUCGCAGGGGUGAAGCCUUCUUUAUUGGGAUUUGCUCAGAUAUUGGAUGAUAAGCUGGCUUUACUGCGUCACGAAAGAGGUAUCAUGGUUGCUAUUUAA